AUGGGCGUGUUCGAAGAUAGUCUUCCACCAUAUUGUCAAAUAACUGACCUGACGUCUAUUGUUGAUGGAUAUACGGUUAACAACCAUACAGGAAUAAGACGUCUUCAAAAAUUGGAGAUGGCUCCAUUAUCAAAGCCAUUGAUGGCUGUUGGAGGAGCAAAUAUUAAUCACACCAAGGCUAAAUAUUAUAAAGCAUAUUUAGUCUUGAUGUAG